CAAACCCCAACGCAAGCCACAUUAAACCGAACAAACCAAAAUUAUAAUACUAAAAUAUUUUAAUUUUUCAACAUUUUAUUCUCGUGAUUUCUAUAAAGUUAUUUAACCAAGAAUACAAUGCAGAGAAAAGCUAAACCUACAUUGACAUAUAAGGUUCCCAUUAACUGGAUGUUUGAUAUGAAUCUUCGGGUCAAGAGCGAAUUUAAGCUGUACAACCUUAUGCCAGGAAAUGGCUUCCGAAGUCGACUAUUGCGUCGCUGCCACGGGAAGGAGAUUUCUGGAUAUAUAGUAUUCACCCAUGGCGCAAGACGAGCUUUUGGGGUAAUGAUUGGGCAGCGAAAACAUAUAAGCGAGAUGAAGGACUGGCUGUUGAGUUCUUGCAUUCCAGAACCCUUUGCCAACCGAAUCAAAUUCUCGUCCUUCGAGAUAAACUUCAAUCCGAACCGAGAAAGUUUUCAUGUAAAAUAUACUCUCCCCAAGAACACUAAAUUCCUGGGCGAUAUGGAUGAGAAUUACUUUCGGGAUAAAAAGGACAUGGGAAAACCAAAGAAACGAAGAUGCAAAAGACUCGGUGAUUAUGCCGAUUUCUUUGAUCCAGAAUUCUUCGCCAAUUCAAAAACUCCCCGGGAGAACUUUGAUUAUACAAGCACAAAAGUCAAUUCUGAUGCCACCUAGGCAUUUCUCGCAGUGUAGAUGCGACUCGUGCUGGCCAUUGUUCAACACUAUUUGCGCUACUCAAUCACUUAAUUAAAUAUGCGACUAACUGGCAGCUCGAAGGCACUCGAAGAGUGGCCCAGACAUCGUCGUUUAGUGUCGAAAUUGUGCAAGUUUUGAUUUUCCUUUUGUUGUUAUGGAAGUCGCUGGUUGUUUUUUUUUUCAUUUUUCUUCGGCUUGGCUUGGUUUUUUCUUGCUGCUGGAUAAUCACAGGCCCGGCGAACAGACGGCAGAAAUUAAAUCAGCCAAGGUUAUCGCAUUAAUAAGCCCCCUGGUUUGGGUUUUACAGUUUUCUGAGCUAGUCAAUUAUUAAAUUUGCAAUUUCCGUAGCUGAACUUUUGGGGUCAGUAGACUGAUUUAAAUCAAAACCGUAAUUGAGCAUUGCCCGCGAGCAAGAACCAAUCGCACCAAAACCAAAUACCAACCUCCGGGCAGGAAAAUUGACAAAUGUCUGAUCGCCACUUCUAAGAUUUCUCGUUUCACACACAACGUUUCAAGCGGAUGUGGGGAGUCUGUGGAUCCGAUUCAGAAAAGUUACAAGAAAUCAACAGAAAUACAAAAAUUGAAAACUCCCAGCUAAGUGGCUUUCCAUGACAUUUUACUGACACCCUUGCCGUUGAACUGGAAGACCUGUUUUCCCUCUUAGCGCAACUUAACACAUUUGACGAAGAUGUCUAUGCCAGCAAAUGACGUGUCAUCAAUGGAGCCCGCACUCCCACAUAAAGAUGCACAGCGUCCUCAACUCGAUCUCGAGCCCCAGCCACAAAUCCCCGGCACUUGAGUCGAGAGAUCUGU